AUGAGAAUAUUGGCAUCUACGGCCCUCAUCGCCUCUCUGCUCAUCAUCAGCUUCCUUCAAUACCUUGAAAAGGCACGCUCCCGUAGCGUGGGAGCAUUUGUUGCUUCGUACUGGCUGCUGCUGUUGCUUGCUUCUGGCGCACAACUGCACUCAUCAGUUACCCGACGCGUGUACGAACAAGACCUUUCUGUUUUCAUCGUUAUUUGCAUCAGUUUCGGGCUCGUCUGCAUCCAAUUCCUGCUCACUUGGACACUCCCUAGACAAGCGGUCUAUCAGCCACUGGAAAGCAGUGAAAACGAGUGCCCAAGCGAGCGUGCAACCAUCAUCUCAACCCUUACCUUUAACUGGAUGACCCCGAUGAUGAGGCAUGGCUACAAGCAGUACAUCACCGAAGACGACCUUUGGGACCUAGCCAAGCAAGAUACUGCCCGAGCCGCUGCCGACACCUUCCAAAGCGCCUGGGCUCACGAGCAAGCGUGUAAGGAGAAGCCGUCUUUGUGGGUUGCGUUGUUCCGUGGUUUUGGAGCAGCGUAUGCUCAGAGUGCUUUGUUUAAGGCUGUUGCAGACAUUCUUGCAAUCCUGCAGCCACAACUCCUGCGGUUCUUCAUCUCAUUCGUGGAUUCAUAUCGAAGUCAGCAGCCUCAGCCUCAGCCUUUCACCCUCGGUGCUGCCAUCGCCUUGAGCAUGUUCUUUGUCUCAGUAGGACAGAGCCUGUGUCUUCACCAAUGCUUCCAGCGCCUAUCACAGACUGGAAUCAAAUUGAAGUCCUCGCUCGUCUCGACAAUUUACAGGAAAUCACUCAGACUCUCGAACGAGGCCAGUGGCACGAAAUCAACCGGUGACAUUGUCAACCUCAUGGCCGUGGACAGCCAGCGCCUCCAAGAUGUCACGCAGUUCAGCCAACAUCUCUGGUCAGCGCCACUGCAGAUCGUUCUAUGCACAGUCUCCCUUUACGGUCUCUUGGGGUACAGCAUGUUCGCCGGCGUCGUGCUGAUGAUCGUCACGAUUCCUAUCAAUGGGAGCAUCACCAAGUCGUUGAAGGUUCUACAAAAGCAGCAGAUGAAAAACAAAGAUGCGAGGUCGAAGCUCACGGCCGAGGUCAUCGCCAACAUGAAAUCCAUCAAGCUUUUCGCUUGGGGCGCUGCAUUUGCAAACCGAAUCGGGCGUAUUCGCAACGAUAGGGAACUUGUUACUCUGCGAAAGACUGGUGCUCUACAGGCUGUGUCCAGUUUCGUUGGCUCGGUGACUCCGUUCUUGGUGGCUUGCUCGGCCUUUGCAGUGAGGGUUCUAGUCCAAAGGAAGCCAUUGACGACCGAGAUCGUCUUUCCUGCUAUUGCCUUGUUUCAACUGUUAACUUCGCCCCUGACGAUCCUUCCUGCGGCGAUUUCUUCUGUUACUGAAGCUAGCGUUGCUGUGAGCCGACUGGUGGCCUUCUUCACUGCGGAUGAGCUCCAGGCAGAUGCGGUCAUUCACGAAGAGGCUGUCACAGCAUCAGGUGAAGAAUCUGUCAGUAUUCAGACCGCAACCUUCAAAUGGAGCCUGCACGAAACCGGAACAGCACUCGAAGAAAUCACCCUGUCCGCCCACAAAGGAGAGCUAGUCUGUCUUGUCGGCCGUGUCGGAGCCGGAAAGUCCUCCAUCCUCCACGCCCUCCUCGGAGAUCUCUACAAAACCACCGGCUCCGUCACUCUUCGCGGCUCAGUUGCCUACGUCGCACAACAGCCGUGGGUGCUGAACGCGAGCGUGAGAGACAACAUCACCUUCGGCAAGCCGUGGGACCCUGACUUUUACGUCGAGACGGUCAAGGCAUGUGCCUUGGUAGAUGAUCUCGCUCAACUACCAAACGGAGACCAGACCGAGGUUGGCGACAAGGGCAUCACGUUGAGUGGGGGGCAGAAGGCGCGUUUGACCUUGGCUAGGGCUGUCUACGCCAGAGCGGAUAUCUAUCUGCUGGAUGACUGUCUUUCGGCGGUGGACCAGCAUGUCGGAAGGCAUUUGAUUGAAGAGGUUUUCGGGCGGGGGGGUCUUCUCAAGGACAGGACCAGAAUUUUGGCAACGAACUCGACGCCAGUUUUGUUGGAGGCUAACUCGAUCGUUCUGAUUCGCGAGGGAAAGAUCUCGGGGCAAGGAACAUACGAUCAGCUCGUCAUCAGGGGAAGAGAUUUUGCUAGCCUCAUUGGUCAAGCUGACAAAACCCAGGAGUCGACUACUGCGAGACCCGGUGCUGGAGAGGGCACCGUCAAUGGGCAACAGGAACCCAGUAAGGACAAAACAUCCAAACCCACAGGACAUGAUUCCGCCGUCGAGAGUCGUGCGAACACUCCCGGGAGCGCCGAUGCUGGGAGGAAAAUUCUCGAUGUUGAAGCCGCCAUGAACAAGCCCAAACGUCACAAGGAAUUCACCCAGCAGGGAAGCGUCAAGUGGAAGGUCUACGGCGAAUACGCCAAGGCAAGCAGUCUAUGGGCCGUGUCCUUGUACGCUGUCACACUGGUAGGCGCUCAAGUCGCCGAGAUUGGAGGAAAUGUUUGGCUGAAGCAGUGGUCUGAGGCUAAUGAUGAUCCAAACCCUGAUGUCGACGUCAAGAAGUAUCUUGGCAUAUAUGUCGCCUUUGGGCUUGGUUCAGCUGGUUUGGUGAUUUUGCAGUCGUCGACAUUGUGGUUGUGGUGUUCGGUCAAGGCCUCUCGCAAACUUCAUGAAAGCAUGAUCACUGCUAUCUUGAGAGCGCCAAUGACCUUCUUCGAGACAACUCCAACAGGUCAAAUCCUCAAUCGAUUUUCCAGCGACAUUUACCGCAUUGACCAGUCUCUGCCUCGCCAGUUCAACACCCUCUUCAUCAACACAGUCAAAGCCAUAUUCAGCCUCGCCGUCAUCUCUUCUGGAACGCCCGCCUUCAUCAUCCUGGCCAUCCCUCUUGUGUUCUUGUACAGCUACAUGCAACGGUACUACCUGGGGGCAAAGCGAGAGUUAAAGCGCCUCGACGGAGUUAGUCGCAGUCCAGUAUUCGCCCAUUUCCAAGAGUCCCUUGGCGGCCUCACGACUAUCAGAGCAUAUUCUCAGCAGGAACGGUUCUCGCUUGAGAGUGAAAAACGGUUGGAUGCGAACAUGAAGGCCUAUGUCCCUUCUAUCACUGCGAAUCGGUGGCUUGGAAUCCGUUUGGAGUUCAUUGGGUCGAUCAUUAUUCUCUCUGCCACCGGACUUGCACUUGCUCAGUUGUCCCUAGGCAAACACUUGUCUGCAGGCAUGGUUGGUUUGAUGAUAUCUUAUGCCCUACAAAUCACUCAGUCUUUCAGCUCUCUUGUCCGAGCUACUGGGGAGGUCGAGACAAACAUCGUCUCAGUCGAGCAUGUGCUAGAGUAUACCCAUCUCCCUAGCGAGGCGCCAGAUGUUAUACCUCACCACCGCCCUGGGAUCAGCUGGCCCGCUAGAGGUUCUGUGGAUUUUGUUGACUACAGCACGCGUUAUCGACCUGAGCUGGGCUUGGUUCUACGGAACCUCAACCUUACUUUUAAGCCCGGCGAGAAGAUUGGCGUGGUGGGCCGCACUGGUGCUGGGAAGAGUUCACUAGCCCUGGCACUAUUCAGAAUCAUUGAGCCGUCGGCUGGAAGCAUUCACGUCGACGAUGUUGAUAUCUCGACUAUCGGCCUCUUGGAUCUGCGGAAGCGACUCACCGUCAUCCCCCAAGAUCCUGCGUUGUUUCAAGGGACUGUCCGGGAGAAUCUUGACCCCGGAGAGGAACAUGACGACACAGAGCUUUGGACUGCUCUUGGGCUUGCACGACUCAAAGAACAUGUCUCCAGCAUGGCUGGUGGAUUGGAUACCAAGAUCUACGAAGGAGGAUCCAAUCUCAGCCAGGGCCAGAAACAGCUCGUAUCAUUGGCCCGCGCCAUGCUCAAGCCGUCGACCAUCCUUGUGCUGGACGAAGCGACUGCUGCCGUAGAUACCCAAACCGACAUGCAUCUCCAGGAGACACUUCGAGAGAACAUCUUCAGCAACCGGACCGUCAUCACAAUUGCGCAUCGGAUCAACACCGUUAUUGACUCAGACCGCAUCGUGGUUCUUGAAAAGGGCGAGGCUGUUGAGUUUGACACACCUUCGGCGCUGAUGCAACAGAAAGGAGCUUUUUACCAACUUGUCAAGGAGGCUGGGCUUGUAGAGAGGCUGGGAUGA